UCGUUGUCUCGAGCAAGAGGAAGUGAAUUCACCUUUUUUUUUGUUUAGAUUUCCCCGUAGUCAUCGUUGUCACUCCGAGUCAAAACCUAGACUCCCGUCCUUCUCUGGAUCUCUUUUAACUCUGCAAAUAUGCCUUUGGAAAACCUGGAGGAAGAGGGUUUACCUAAAAACCCCAAUCUGAGGAUAGCUCAGCUGAAGUUUUCGCUGACUCUGAAUGAUCACAGACAGGAUGCUAAAGUGAGGAGCGAGCUAAUGGACGCCAUCAAACUCAACAUGUCCACAUUCACCUCAUAUGAGCUUAUGGACUACAAGACAUUCGUCACGUACACUGUGUAUGUGUGUAUGAUCGCACUCAAGAGGCCGGACCUGAGAGAGAAGGUAAUUAAGGGUGCUGAGAUCUUGGAGGUGUUGCACAGUUUACCUGCUGUCCGUCAGUACCUCUUCUCUCUCUACGAGUGCCGUUAUUCUGUAUUCUUUCAGUCAUUAGCUCGAGUGGAACAGGAGAUGAAGCAAGACUGGUUGUUUGCUCCUCAUUACCGUUACUAUGUCCGAGAGAUGCGCAUCCUGGCCUACAGCCAGCUCCUGGAAUCCUACCGCUCUCUAACGCUGGGAUACAUGGCCGAAGCGUUUGGAGUCAGCACAGAGUUCAUCGACCAGGAGCUGUCGCGAUUUAUCGCUGCAGGACGUUUACAUUGCAAGAUCGACAAAGUCAAUGAGAUUGUGGAAACCAACAGACCUGAUAGUAAGAACUGGCAGUACCAGGAAACCAUAAAGAAGGGCGAUCUCCUGCUGAACAGAGUGCAGAAGCUGUCCAGAGUGAUCAACAUGUAGUCCAGCACAUGACGUUUGAUCAAUACUCGUCUUUUCUUGUGAACAUGACUUGUUUUAUGUACAGAAUAUAAUAAAACUGAAUUGGAGGA